AUGAACAUCGGAGACGACACCAGAGAGAACUAUGAGAUCUUUCGGGAGUGCGUGUCGAAGUCGAUCCUGAACAGGUCAAUAGAGAAAUCUAGCCUGACUAGACGAAGGAGAAAUGCAAAACGCAACAACAAUACCCGCCAUAGCAAACCUUCAUUCCCUGAAGACAAUGACCCUGCUGAACUAGCAGAAUUUAUUGACUUCAUCGCCCAAGAGAUAUUCAGCUCAUUCCCAAGGGAUGUGCAAACGCUCUCUUUCAAUGCCACACAAGCCUCCCCUGUUCUUGCAGAAAAAUAUGCGGAGAAUGUGCCAGGGACCACUAUCGAAUUCUUAACUUCACUGGUCGACCCAUCGGUCCCCGAGUCUCUAGUCACCUAUGGCAUGAUGUCUGAGACGUCCGACCUUACAAAUAUUCUCUCCUCUAUCUUUGCAGAGUAUUCAUCUACUGUUACUGCCAAACCGCUGCCCUUUAGUGCCACCCGCACAACCGCCUGUGAGAUAUGUGAACGAGAUUGGAUUCCCCUGACAUAUCACCACCUUAUACCCAGGGCAGUUCACGCCAAAGCCUUGAAACGUGGGUGGCAUGAAGAGUGCGAUUUAAACCGAGUUGCCUGGCUGUGCCGUGCUUGCCAUAGUUAUGUGCAUAGGAUGGCCUCUAAUGAGGAACUGGCUAGGGAUUGGCACACGGUUGAGGCAAUAUUAGAGAGGGAUGAUACGCAGGAAUGGGCAAAAUGGGCCGGCAGGCUGCGUUGGAAGUCACGGUAG